AUGGUACAGCCAGAAAUCAAGAACGCGUUGCAGCAAAACAGGAAUCUGGAGAAUGAUGAUGGCAUGACGCCCCUGGACACCGAAAUUGCAAGUCAUGACUGCUGCGUUGCGACAUCAAAUGUCACAGCGUGGCGCGUGCUGAAAAAUAUCAGUGGGGGCCAAGCGAAACACAAGAAGUACGAGGCCGAGUACCGUUCCUUACGGUCUGCAAUUUCUUCCAACUGCCUCUUCUUGAUCCGGAAUGUGCACUUGCGGCAGGAAGAUGAUGUGAAAAAGAGCAAGGUUGACCUGGGGGAAAUGCUCCAUCUUGCAGUCAGUUCGGCUGGGGUUGGAGAAGACAUUGUGCACUAUUUGGUCGAUCAGGGGGCCGAUGUCAACUCUAUCAGAGAUGGCUUCAGCGUGCUGGAUGCGUGUUUGGCACGGAAUGGUGUCAGCGAAAGCGUGCUGGGGAAGCAUGCAAAGCUGUGCAAGUACCAGGACUAUUCUUUGUGCACUGCUGCAAAGGAAGGCUUGGCUGGUCUGGCUCGGUACUUGGCAAACACUGCUAGAAAGGGCAGCAAAGAUGGCACGAGACAAAGAGAUGGUGGAUUUUUGCCACUACAUCUUGCCGCAAGCCGUGGACAUGCAGACACUGUCAAGGUGUUGUUGAAGGCAAAUAGCAACGUGCACGAGCAGACUGACGGUGGCUUCACCGCUCUUGAUUUGGCUUGCGAAAGCCUCGCAAAAGCCAGUCCUGGGUCAGAGGUGUAUUCCAGACUUUGCCGCACUAUCGACAUCCUGCUGUCCAGGAAUUGCAAGCUCAAGGAAUUUAGAGGAGAGCAAGAGCUCGACAAAGCCAGACAGCACAUUCAAAAGGCGGGUGCCAAAGAAGGUGGCGACAAGGAAGAACCGAGCAAAGCAGAUGUGCGGAAAGUGGCCAAGAAGAGGCGUGACGAGCAAGACGAGCCCCUGAAGACAGUUGAUAGGGAGGUAAAAGCCAAAGUCGCAGAAGAGGAAAAAAAGACCGAAAGCUACAAGGAAGCAGAGAAAUUGGCAAAAAAAGUAGCAGAAAGUCGUGAAGUGCUUCAAGCGAGCUGGAGAGGCCCAGACCGACCACUGUCUGGAAUAUAG